AUGGGAAAGUUAGUUGAUGAUCCUAAGCAUAGCGAACCACAAACUAUGCAAGAAAAGGUGGAUGAGCUACAAACAGACACGCAGUCGAUUCAAGUUACCCAUAAGGAAUCGAAUAAUGGUAUUCAUUCUCAUACACCUAAGCGGAAGGCAAAGAAAAAGACUAUGUCUCCGUCUGGUGUUUUUGAAGAAGGAGAAGAAGAUCCUCUCAAAGAAGAUUGCAUCAUGGAACGAAGAGUGACUAAGACAAGACGAAGAGAUACGAAAGCUUUUCAAAUUAGACGUCAAGGUCCAGUUUCCAGCAAAGAGAGAUGGUUCAGCAGGUCUCUCUACAUAAAACUUGGUGAGGUGCUCGAUAAGCUAGAAGACGUUAGGAGAACAAGGGAAUCAAAGAUGGGAAAGUUAGUUGAUGAUCCUAAGCAUAGCGAACCACAAACUAUGCAAGAAAAGGUGGAUGAGCUACAAACAGACACGCGGUCGAUUCAAGUUACCCAUAAGGAAUCGAAUAAAGGUAUUCAUUCUCAUACACCUAAGCGGAAGGCGAAGAAAAAGACUAUGUCUCCGUCUGGUGUUUUUGAAGAAGGAGAAGAAGAACCUCUCAAAGAAGAUUGCAUCAUGGAACGAAGAGUGACUAAGACAAGACGAAGAGAUAUGAAAGAUUUUCAAAUUAGACGUCAAGGUCCAGUUUCCAGCAAAGAGAGAUGGUUCAGCAGGUCUCUCUACGUAAAACUUGGUGAGGUGCUCGAGAAUCUAGAAGACGUUAGGAGAACAAGGGAAUCAAAGAUGGGAAAGUUAGUUGAUGAUCCUAAGCAUAGCGAACCACAAACUAUGCAAGAAAAGGUGGAUGAGCUACAAACAGACACGCGGUCGAUUCAAGUUACCCAUAAGGAAUCGAAUAAAGGUAUUCAUUCUCAUACACCUAAGCGGAAGGCGAAGAAAAAGACUAUGUCUCCGUCUGGUGUUUUUGAAGAAGGAGAAGAAGAACCUCUCAAAGAAGAUUGCAUCAUGGAACGAAGAGUGACUAAGACAAGACGAAGAGAUAUGAAAGAUUUUCAAAUUAGACGUCAAGGUCCAGUUUCCAGCAAAGAGAGAUGGUUCAGCAGGUUGAAAGGAACCCUCGAGUUCAUUAACCUCCAAUCUAACUUUCACGGGAGUUCAAGUUCUUAA